AUGGCCACACCAAUCCUGCAGGCUCGCGCCGAGAAAACGGCCCAGCUGUAUACCGACCCUCAUAAUCCAUACCUCUAUCUCGACCGGGCUCGCCUCUAUGAACAGCUCGGUUUCCCCGAUCUAGCGGCCGCCGAUGCAUACCGCGCGCUUUCACUUCUGGAGUCAGUUGUUGAUCCAGACGGUUGCGAAUUUCAUGCGCAGAAGAAGGUCGACUCACCUGAAAACGAUCAAGCCACAACAUUCAAGAACGAGACGGAGCGCGAAGAGGAGGAUGAGGAUGAGGAUGAAGACGACGAAGACAAUGCCAUAGUUCCGGUGACACAGGAAGAGUAUGAUGCCCUGAUUGGCGAUGUAUACGCCAUUCUGGUGCGCAAUCUCGUUCUCUGCGGUUGCUAUCGUGAUGCGUAUGAGUUUGGGGUGCGCGGGAUUGGGCUGCUGGAGGCUGGCUCUGCGGCCACAACGGUGCUGAACGAACAGAUGGAGCAGGUCAAGAAGAUCUACCGGGCUCGCACAAAGUCAGAAGCAGAAGUCGAGCUGGGCUUGAUUGACUCGGCUCUUCUCCCUGCCCAGGGCUAUGCUCGCCGCGUCCUGUAUCCCUGGAAUGAGCAUGAGCCAGACCGCUGCGCGCCGGAGGAAUUGAAGUUCUUGAAUGAGAGACUUGCGGACGUGGCGCCAAAAUGUGAAGUGCGCGCCGUGGCUCUACCUGCGCUGCAUGCUGGGGCCACUGAUGAGGCCGAGGUUUCCGUCCAACUCGGUCUAUUCGCCAAGGAGGAUAUCGCGGCCGAUGAGAUCAUUCUACGGGAAAAUUCGCUUUUGACGGCGACAAAUCGCCUCCAUGACGAUCUGUGCGAUGCCUGCAAUGCUCCUCUCCCUGAGCUCUCCGCUGCAGAGCCACCUGUCGGAUGUGAGGGUGGUUGCGCAGACACUAUUUUCUGCAGUCAAGCGUGUCAUGACACGGCUCAGCGCGUUUACCACGGUGCAAUCUGUGGCCUGGAAGAUGGUCUGGAGUCCAUCGGGAAAGACAUUCCCGAUCCAAAAGACAAAGCCGAUUACCUAUACCUUUUGCUCCUCGGUCGGGCUUUGGCCAUGUCCGCCACGCAGGACGUGGAUGCACUGGAGCUUCCAGAAGUGAAAUAUAUCUGGGGCGACUUCCACGAUUUUGACAUCAACUCAACUUCCACAGCGCAGAAGAAUGACUCGGCCACCCUCCCGUUCUCAUUCCAGCUCAAUAUCCUUCAACCGAUGCGCUUCCUCGAAGAAAUGGAGAUCGACCCCUAUGUGUCUCUGUCGCGGUACGAUACCUGGGUGUUGAAUACAUUGUACGCCAAGUUCCGUGGUACUGCGUCUGGCCGUCUUUCGACUUGGGAUGGCGGACCGGAAUUGUGUGCGGUGCAUCCGCUAUGGUGCCUGGCGAAUCACUCGUGUGAUCCAAACGUACGCUGGGAAUGGGGUGGUGAGAUUACUUUCCGGGCACGACACGAUGAAGAGACGGCGGUUUGGGUGCGAACUUACCCGGAUGGGAAGAUCGAAGCCAAGCCUCCAGCCAAGGGGGGUAUUGCGAAGGACCAGGAGAUCCUCAAUCAUUACUGUGAUAUUGGCUUGCCGGUCAAGGAGAGGAGAGAAUGGGCAUCUGGAGCCCUGGGUGGCCUGUGUCGCUGUGAUAGAUGUGUUUGGGAGGCGUUUGAGGUCUAA